AUGGGCUCUCAGGUCGUGGUGUUGCUGCUGGUACAGCUGUUGGUGCGAGUGGAACUCGACAUGCUGGGGUGGUCGGAAGAGGACACGCUGUUUGCAGGUUUCGAGAACUCGUCGUUGCUUGCAUGGCCAUGUGGCCGACGAGCCGUGGGGUCUCGUGUGGUGGGUGGAAAGGACGCGACGCUCGGGCGCUGGCCUUGGCAGGGCAGCCUGCGCAUAUGGGGUUUCCACACUUGUGGGGCGAGCUUGCUCAACCGGCGCUGGGUGCUCUCAGCAGCCCACUGCUUUGAAAGCUACCGGGAGCCCUAUCAGUGGUCAGUCCAGUUUGGCGAGCUGUCUGCCUCACCGUCUAUCUGGAACCUGAAGGCCUAUCGCAACCGUUAUGGGAUAGAGCAGAUCUUUCUGAACCCCAAGUAUCUGGGUGGUUCAACUUAUGACAUUGCCAUGCUGAAGCUGUCCUCGGCUGUCACCUAUAGUCAUUACAUCCAGCCCAUCUGUGUCCUGGCCUCUUCUACUGAAUUCCAGGACAGGAAUGACUGCUGGGUGACCGGCUGGGGGAACAUCCAAGAAAGUGAGGGGCUGCCGUAUCCCUACACCCUCCAGGAAGUGCAGGUUGGCAUCAUCAACACCACCAUGUGUAACUACCUCUACUCACAGCCUUAUUACCGCCAGACCAUCUGGGGAGACAUGGUUUGUGCUGGUGAUCCUCAAGGCACCAAGGACGCCUGCUUCGGAGACUCAGGAGGACCCUUGGCCUGUGAAAAGGAAGGGCUGUGGUAUCAAGUUGGAGUCGUGAGCUGGGGAAUAGGCUGUGGUAGGCCCAACCGGCCCGGUGUCUACAUCAACGUCAGUACCCACUACCAGUGGAUCCGGACCCUGAUUUCCCGCAGCAGUAUUCACAGGCCACAGCUCUGGCUGCUGCUGCUGCUGCUCCUCCUCUGGAUGGCCCCACUCCUGCAGCCAGCCUGA